AGGCUGCCCGUGCCUUGCUAGACCCCGAAGAGGUCGCUCCCAACUCUUGCCUCCUUAGGAAGCAGGGAGCAGCGUUAGCGUCAGGACACCCUGGGACUAAAGUGCUGAGCCGGAGCUAGUAAUGCCCUCGCCUCCUUCGUCUGUUCUCAGCUUUAUUAUUAUUUUUAUUUAUCUCUAGAACAUGGACUUCCCGUGCCUCCGGCUAGGGCUGCUGCUGCCUCUGGUAGCCGCGCUGGAUUUCAGCUACCACCACCAGGAAAGGAUGGAAGAGUUUUUGAAGACCGUUGCCCAAAGCUACAGUUCUAUCACUCACUUACACAGUAUUGGGAAGUCUGUGGAAGGUAGAAACCUAUGGGUUCUUGUUGUGGGGCGAUUUCCAAAGACACACAGAGUCGGGAUUCCGGAGUUCAAAUACGUGGCAAAUAUGCAUGGAGAUGAGACUGUUGGGCGGGAACUGCUGCUGCACCUGAUUGACUAUCUCGUGACCAAUGACGGGAAAGACCCUGACAUCACAAAUCUGAUCAGCAGUACCCGGAUCCACAUCAUGCCUUCCAUGAACCCAGAUGGAUUUGAAGCUGUCAAAAAGCCUGACUGUUAUUACAGUAACGGGAGGGAAAAUCGUAACAACUAUGAUCUGAAUAGAAAUUUCCCCGAUGCUUUUGUGCUCAAUGAUGUCUCAAGGCAGCCUGAAACUGUGGCAGUCAUGCAGUGGCUGAAAACGGAGACAUUUGUCCUCUCUGCAAACCUGCACGGUGGGGCCCUUGUGGCCAGUUACCCAUUUGACAACGGUGUUCAAGCCACUGGGACAUUAUUCUCCCGAAGUUUAACUCCUGAUGAUGAUGUUUUUCAAUAUCUCGCAUAUACCUACGCCUCAAGAAACAUCAACAUGAAGAAAGGAGAUCAGUGUAAAAAUAAAGUGAAAUUUCCUAAUGGUAUUACAAAUGGAUAUUCUUGGUAUCCAAUCCAAGGAGGAAUGCAAGAUUACAACUACAUCUGGGCCCAGUGUUUUGAAAUCACGCUGGAGCUGUCGUGCUGCAAAUACCCUCGUGAGGAGAAGCUUCCAUCUUUCUGGAAUAGUAACAAAGCCUCGCUCAUUGAAUAUAUGAAACAGGUGCACCUAGGUGUAAAGGGUCAAGUUUUUGAUCAGAAUGGAAAUCCAUUGCCCAAUGUAAUUGUUGAAGUCCAAGACAGAAAACAUAUCUGCCCCUAUAAAACCAACAAAUUCGGAGAGUAUUAUCUUCUUCUCUUGCCUGGGUCCUAUAUAAUAAAUGUUACAGUUCCUGGAUAUGAUCCAUACUUCACAGAGGUGUUUAUUCCAAAGAAAUCCCAGAACUUCAGUGCUCUUACAAAGGAUAUUCGACUUCCAUUCCAGGGGCAAUUGAAUUCUAUCCAAGUAUCAAAUCUUUCAUGCCCAACGAUUCCUCUUUACAGAGAUUUGCCAGGCCACUCAGCAGCAACAAAGCCUAGUUUGUUCUUAUUUUUAGUGACUCUUUUGCACAUAUUUUUCAAAUAAAGUGAAAUGUGAAACUCAA